CGAGUUUUCACUUCUCAAUUCUCAGCCCAUACAAUUGCACACUACUCUGGUCAACAAUGUCGUCCUCAUCCCCACCACCACCACCACCACCACUCUCCUCACUACCAUCAUCAUCGUCCGAUCCAGUGGCUGUGUGCGCGUCCAUCGUGACGAGCGCGUCAGUGCAGCUCAGCGACUUUCUGCAGCGGCUCAACCAGCUCGAGUCGCUGCUGCUCCACGCCAAGGCUGCCGAAGCCACCGCCAGAGCUCAUUCUACUACGACCACUACCACCACCACCACUACUCAUUCUACUCCUAGUAGUAGUAGUAGUCCUGCAGCGCGCGGGAAGCAGAGCGCAGACGCGGCCGUCCAGACGGCGUCCCAAGCUGAGGCUCAUCGCUCUGCCCACAAUGAACCAGCGCCAGUGCCAGCGAAGACUGCAAGCACAGUAAUGGUUGCGCCGUCGUCCAUUCAAACGACCACGGCGGCUGGUGCUGCUACUGCUGCUGGUGCUGCAAAGCCUGCUACGGACAUGCCGGCGCUUGUGCUUGGGACGGCGAGUGGAGGACCGCGAUUGCCUACAACUGGUCGACUCGCUGCAAAGCCCCAAUCGGCCUCGUUGCCCGCGGGAUUGAGCUCAACAUCCAUGCCAUCCUCACUGGAACUGUCCUCGUCGUCGACUACGGCAAGCUCAAGUGCGACGAUUGUUGCUACCACCGCCGCCGGCAAACUGGCUGCCUCUGGCGUUGUAUCAUCACUCUCUCCGCCAUCCGCUCUGCAGCAUGUUGUUGGCUCGUCGGCCAAGCAACGGCGUUUGAAGUCAGCAAGUGCCAUCAAGCGAUCGCCCAUUUCCUUCCUCGACGCAGUCGGGCGAAAGCGACUUGAGCAUCGUUCCACUACGACAGUAUCGUCACGUCAAAUUUCUGCUCUGCAACGUCAGGGUCGAUCGCCUUCCCAGCCCGCCCUCAUCAAAAACCUCAACCAGCACGCCAUUCCCAAAGGCCCUGUUGGGAGCCAUGGCAUGCGUUUUGACACUGAAACGACCUCGUGGGUUGGUAAUGAAGAGGACCUCGCGGGAUUUGACGACUCGGAUGAAGAGGAUUCGGCAACGCACACCCCGAGCCUGAACAAGACAAGUCUCGACAGAAGGUCUCUGAAUCCUCAGGCGGCGCUGGCAGCCACAAUUGGCGGCUCAGCGCUGAAUCUUGCAUUAGACACUGAAGCUCGACGCGAAAGCAUAUCUGGGUCGGAUGUGAGCGACGCCGCCCCAGACCAAGAUGUAGACUGGGAGCUCAAAACGCCCAACAUUGACGCACUCCGCCGCUCCGAGUCCAACAACCACGAGAAAGCUAUGGCAUCCUGGUGGAGUAGUCAAUCCUGCACAUUUUCACCCGAUUUGAUGUCUGCGAAGCAGAUUGCCUGGCCAUAUUUGACACACCAAGCAAGUCUCGUUUCCCAACUGUUCGAUCGAGUUCGACAGUUGACCGCAGAAAGGAUUGCGGCAGAAUCCCGAGCCGCGACGGCCGAAGCCGCUCUGCUUGCUCUCAAACUACAACAACAACAACAACAACAACAGCCAAAAUCAACAUCGUCCACUCCGCAAUUGACACGGGCCAGAUCUUUUGCUGGAGCCAGUGGCGAGCUGGCGCGGAAUGGAGCCCUGGCUCACCAAUCGCCCCCGCCGCAUAUUGAAGAGCCCGCUGGCACCGAUACGGAUGACAGCCUGCUUCGGUCGCGGUCACCGGCGUUGUCAACUGAUUCGUCAUUGUCCUACUCGAUCGAGGACGACGGCCUGUCUGGCAGCAGUGCUGGGAACGACCUCGGACCUUCCCUCGAGUAUCAUCGCCGUGAUCUGACAAAGUGGGUUGAUCGCGAUGACGAUGAAGAAGACAUUGGUUUCGCGGAUCAACUUUUCGCCACCUUGUCCAGGAAGCAGCUCAAGUCUGGCGGCGAUGGCCACGUUGAUGUCAAUGGCCAUCAACGAGCUCCUCCAAAAGAUGCAGACGACAGCGCUGUCGACAUUGAUUUCGACUUUGAUGGCCACUCUUCAAACGAGUCCGUCUCGGUGGCCAUUCCGUCCAAGACCUCCUCUAUUCGAUUGAUCGCACUGAAGGAUCUUGCCAAUUUUGCAGGCGGAGCACCUGCAGGCUCCGACAGCGACCAACCACACGUUUUGCGCACGAGUUCGUCGUCGAAACUCAAAGAGGUCUCUGCGCAAUGGGGCCGCAACUUUACCAUCAACGAUGGCGACGACUUUGGUCACGAUGCUGAUGAUGAAGUCAGCCUGGCCGGAUCGUCGAGUGCCGGAAGCCUGUCAAGCGCCAGCUCACGCAAUGUCAGCUCCUCGUUCGAUCCGAAGAUUGCGGUGGCUACAGUUGCCGCAGCAGCACUACCUUCUUCUUCCUCAACCCUCGAGGCUGAAGCUAGCAUCUCAGCCUCCGCAUUCGCUGCCUCACCAGCCCCAAUCGCAGCUGGGGUUGGCAGCGCCGUCACGCCAGAGAGCAGCACCCAAUCAUCCAAACCCGCCGUGUCUGUUGCAGCUCCUGCAAGUUUGCCCCAGACAGCUGCGCCACAACUGUCAACAAGAACGGUGGUUUCUCUCGCGAGCAUUGGGGCCAAAAUGCCGUCCGUCUUGGUGCGAUCCACUCCCGCGGUAGCUGUGCGCUCGGUUGUCACGUCUAGCCUUGCCCAGACUGUCCAAGUCACAGGCUCUACUGCAGCCGUCGCACCUGCUGCAGUUACUUCGGUUCUUCCUGGCAUGACAACUUUCACCUCAUCACAGAUGCCUGCAGUCCGGCAACAAGCCAGCGUGCUCGCCAACCCCCAUGCCGUCAACGUUGAGCUUGAUUUGGAUGAAUUGGACGACGAGGGCGACGACACUACAGCUGCUUUGGCUGUCAAAACCAAACCAAAGCCCACCUCCUUGACAGCCACAUCAACUGUUGUCCAAUCCAAACGCCCAACCACCGUGAAAGCAAUCACUUCGCUACCAACUCCAGCGCCGGUGCUUCAGCAAGGGACGGUGCCGUUCAAUGCCGACGAUCUUGCAGCCUUUGACGACGAUAACGAGCUUCCAGCCAAAGCAGCAUCAACCCGUGUCAGUCUCGCUUCAUCUGCAUCCGUUCCAUCAAAGCGUCCUAUGAGUAUGCAGACAAUCACCUCUUUGCCCGUUUCAAUGAGCGUUCAGCCGACGUCUCUCAAUUCGGAAGCUUUGGCCGAGUUGGAUGAAUUAGACGAGUUGGGGGAUUUGUGAGCUUUCUUGGACAUGUUACUUUUGAUUUUUUGUUGUUGUUGUUGUUGUUGUUGUUG